CAUUUUCCUGUUAACCACCACCAACCCACCCAACUACUUCAGUUGAAAAUUUGUUAUCCAGUCCUCUGGAGGGUAGUUUAAUUUUUUAACGGAAUUUGGAAUAUAGGUUUAUUAUUGUAUUCCGUUUCCUCAGAAUCUCUAAUUAGUCAUUUUUCUUUCGAGGUAAAAUAAAACGAAAGAAAGAUUCGGUUGUUCCAUAGAAAACAAACGAAGUACUAAUUGAAAGAAUUCGAUAUUCGGUGGUCUCUUUCAGUUUAUUUAUUUUCUUUUACAUAACAGUUAAGAGAGAAUGUCUUCAAAGCCGCCAUCGAAUACUCAAAAGUUCAGUUAUGCACGUGCGUUGGCUGCUAGCCAGUCUAUGAAAAAUGCAAACGUAAAGCCACAAAACGCAACUUCUGAGAAGCAAGCUCCCAAGCCUGCUGAAGCACCGGCCGCUCAAGCCGCCGCUAAAGCUGAUAAACCUUCGACUACUGGCUCUGCUACGACUGAUAUCCAGAAUGCUGCUCCUUCGUCCAGUGCAUCAGACAAACCUGAAAAGCCCGUUGCCUCUUCUGCUAAAAGAACAGACGUAAUAGAACAAGAUAAAAAGGCUGCAAGUAAACCGGUAAACAAGGAGAAACCCUUGGAAACUCCUACAAAUGCUGAAAAGCCUUCUUUCACGAAUACUUCUUCGGAAAGCAAGCAGGGUGAUAGCACUGAUUCUAAACCCAAACGUUCUGAGGAGGCUGCUAAUGUGUAUGCUGCUGAAAAGACAACACCGGCUAACUCGGAAGAACAGAGCGUUAGCCAAGAGGGAUUAAAGGAUGCUGCUGAAAGUACACCUUUCGAUCAAAGCCAGGUACCAGGCGCUGUUCCUACCGUCCCAAUUCAAUUUGGUUCUAUCACAAGAAACGCUCCUAUUUCUACGAAACAGCACAUGAAGGCAAACGUUGCUUCCAACCAACCCAAAAACAGUACUUAUUCUCGUAGAAAUAGCUCUACUAACUCGGCAGGACAAUCCGGAUCCAGUCCCGCCUCUAAAGGUUCCCGUGCUACUGCCCCAUCAUCUAAUAAUUCCAGUUCUAAUGAUUCUGCAACUUCGGGCAAACUUAAUAACACAAAUUCUGUUUCUGAGGCUGCCAACUCUUCGGCCCAAAACUCUGCAUCUAGCACGCCCACAUUUAAUGGUUCUGGUAAGCCCCACCGUCAAAACCGUAAUUACGAGCGCUAUGGAAAUUCUUAUCCUUCCUACAAUAAAUACUCUCCCCACUAUCAGCAUGGCUAUUCUUACAAAAAUAAUGGUCGCAAUGAUUCUCAGCGCUACAGCAGAGGAAACGGCAGGAGACAAUACAAUAAUGGUCAUCCUGGUUACCCUUCUUUCGUUCCCAAUGGUCGUAACUCUGCUCAAAAUACUCGGAACGUUCCUCAAACUAUGGGCUCACCUGCCAACCCCGUUCAAAUGCCCAUGUCAGUACAACCUCCCUAUGGCCAAGUCUAUGGACAAGCCCCAUACAUUGUUGAUCCUAACAUGAUGCAAUACGGUGCAAUGUUACAGCCAGGCUAUGUUCCUCAAUACUAUCCCGUAUAUCCACAAACCCCAUAUACACCGACUUUCCCCAAUAUGUCCCGUAGCACUUCCCAGGUAUCGGAUCAGGUUGUUGACUCACCAAACUCUGCUACAAUGAUGAGUCCUAGAUCUGGCAGCUUCACUCCCAUUGUGAAGCAGCAAAAGAAGAGCAGUGCUUUGAAAAUCGUUAAUCCUGUUACUAAUACCGAAGUUGUCGUUCCCCAAAAGAAUAAAUCUCAACCUAAGUCUGAAGAAUCCAGUCCACGGUUAGAUAGUUCUUCUGCUCCUCACCUAACGGAAGAAGAGGUGUCGAAACGCAAGGACGCCGUUAAACAGGCUGUUCAGCAACGUAUUCAAGAAAAGGCUGAAGAAGAGGCUAGACGACACGCUGAAGAAAAAGCCAAGCAAGAAGCCGAGGAAAAGACCAAACGUGAGGCUGAAGAAAAGGCUAAGCAGGAAGCUGAAGAAAAGGCUAAACGUGAAGCUGAGGAGAAGACCAAACGUGAAGCUGAAGAAAAGAUCAAGCAGGAAUCUGAAGAGAAGGUUAAGCGUGAAGCUGAAGAAAAGACCAAGCUGGAAACCGAAGAAAAGGCUAAGCGUGAAGCUGAAGAAAAGACCAAGCUGGAAACCGAAGAAAAGGCUAAGCGUGAAGCUGAAGAAAAGACCAAGCUGGAAACCGAUGAAAAGGCUAAGCGUGAAGCCGGAGAGAAGGCAAAACUUGAAGCUGAAGCAAGCUCAAAAUCUGAUAAAGAACAGCCUAAGACUGAUGACCAAACUGAAGAUAAGGGUAAGCAUGUGGACCUGAAGGCUUCGCCUGAAUCUUCAGUAGCGAACUCUCGUAAUUUAACUCCUAAGCGAGAAAUUUUUUCUGGCAUUGAAAGUCUAAGAUCUCCUUCUAAACCCUCUAUCGCUUUGGACUCUUUGCACAAAGCUAGUUUUAUUUCUGAUCUUACUAGUAUCGUUUAUCCUUCUUCAAUUAAGCGACCCGCCACUGAGGAAGAAAUUAAGGCUGGUAAAGUUCUUUACGAUAUCCCUUUCCUUAUGCAGUUCCAGAGUUACUAUACAGAUAAGCCCGCUUAUGGUUGGGAUGAGAAAAUGAAGGGAACUGUUGCUUCUGCUUUUAGCGACAAAAGUUCUCGUGGCGGUUAUGGUUCCAGUCGUCAAAGCUCUCGUUCUGGUUCUACUAGGGACUCACAUGCUGGUCCAGGCUUUGGCGGGCACUCUGAAAGAAAAUCAAUGUCACGUCUUGGUGUUGAUCGCGGUUUCGGCGAUUCAGGUGCAGGAUUCCGUUCUGGUAGUAAUUACAAGAGUGCUCCUAGUCGUGGUAUGAGUCAUCAUGGACACGGUGGAUCUCACAGAGGUUCUCAACGUGGAUCCCGUCGUGGUGGUGGCGGUGGUGAACGUGAGAAGGCUGAUCCUUCUACUCUAACUAUUCCUGCUGAACAAGUUCAACCAUUGCAAUUAUCUGCCAACCGUUGGCAGCCUAAGAAGCUUGCUGAGAAACCUGAAGCCAAGGCUGCUGAAAACAAGGAGGACGAACUUAUCCCCCUUGAAGUUAUCCAUCGUAAAGUUAAGGGUUCUUUGAACAAGAUGACCUUAGAGAAAUUUGAAAAGAUUUCAGACCAAAUCUUGGAGAUGGCCAUGCAGUCCCGUAAAGAAACUGAUGGUCGUACUCUUAGGUUAGUUAUCCAAUUGACUUUUGAAAAGGCCACCGAUGAACCAAAUUUCUCUAACAUGUAUGCCCGAUUUGCUCGUAAGAUGAUGGAUAGUAUAGAUGAUUCUAUUAGAGAUGAGAAUGUGUUAGAUAAGAACGGUCAACCUGUUCGGGGUGGUUUGUUAUUUAGAAAAUAUCUGUUGAGCCGCUGUCAAGAAGACUUCGAGCGGGGUUGGAAAGCUAGUCUUCCAUCUGGUGGUGCUGGAGAGACUGAGAUUAUGUCGGAGGAGUAUUACAUUGCUGCCGCUAUCAAACGUCGUGGCCUUGGCCUUGUUAGAUUUAUUGGUGAAUUGUUUAAGCUUAAUAUGCUCUCCGAAAAAAUUAUGCAUGAAUGUAUAAAGCGUCUUUUGGGUAAUGUUACAGAUCCUGAAGAAGAAGAAAUUGAGAGUCUGUGUAAAUUAUUGAUGACCGUCGGUGUAAGUAUUGAUGCUACUGAAAAGGGUCAUGCUGCGAUGGAUGUAUACAUUCUUCGUAUGGAAACUAUUACUAAAAUACCUGACCUGCCUUCUCGUAUUAAAUUUAUGCUUCUGGAUGUUAUUGAUUCUAGAAAGGCUGGUUGGCGUAUUAAGAGUGAAAUUGAAAAGGGUCCAAAAACUAUUCAAGAGAUCCAUGAAGAGGCUGAGCGUAAGAAAGCUUUGUCCGAAGCUCAAAGGCCUGCCCGUAUGCAUCGCGAUAUGAACCGCGGCGAUUCUAGAAUGGGUGGCAGAGGUAGUAAUCCUCCCUUUGGAUCCAAUGAUUGGUCUAAUAAUAAAGAUGGAUAUGCCAGAUUAGGUCAAGGUAUCCGUGGUUUGAAAUCUGGCACUCAAGGAUCUCAUGGUCCAACCAGUUUGAGUUCGAUGUUACGUGGCGGAAAUGUUAGUCGAAGCCCUUCUAGACAAAGUAACACACCACGGAGAGAGCCUGCUAGACAAGCUCCUGUUAAUCAACCUUUGACAUCGGCGAACUCCUUUGAACUUUUGGAAGAACAAGAUCAUGACAAUGAUGGAUCAUCAAGCCAAAGAGAUCAUAAUUCUAGCUCGAAAGCUAACCCUUAAUUGACAGGUUUAAGAUGCGUCUGCUCUGUUAAAUUGAGUUAUAUCUAUUUUGGGUUGUUUUUGAUUUUUUUGGGCAUUAAAAACGGCUCCAUCAUUUGUCAGGGUUUAUGGAAAAAUGGAUUUACAUCUAAGGUUAAUAUAUAUGCUAUAUCAUCUUAAUAGAUAAAAAGCUUAAUGACCUUUAGUUACUGUAAUUACAAUACUUUGUAAUAGAUGAAUUGUAAAAAUUUGAGCAUG